UUGGCUUUACAAAAUCAACUUGGAUUAAUUAUGGAUAGCUAUCCUCCCGAAUUUAUUUUUCACCAUGUUCCUUUAAUGGCUGUAAUUGGUUUAGGAACAGCGAGAGAUUUGGUAGAACAGCCUACUUCUACAACUGGUUCUAUACAAAAUCCUCCCAGUUCUAAAUCUCAAUCGCGAAGAAGUUCACUAAGUGCAGCUUCAAUACCUAUUUCCACAAAACAACAGUUAUCAAGAACUUUACUGUCUCUUUUAACAGCAAAAAGUCAAGUAGGUAUUUGGGGACCCGGAAAAAAUGCAAGUGCAGUUUUUCACGUAGUUGCUGUUGAUAAGAAUCAUCAAUUUCCCCCUCGAAAACCAACGAUGAGACCUCCAGCACAAACUCAACAUCUAAAUAUGCCAAUUGCACAUUCAGCUAUUUCACCAUUGACAUCAGGAUCGCCUGUUCAUCCUGAUGGUUUAAUUCCUCCUAUAUGGGUAAGAAAACAUCGAGAAAUUCUACCAAGUGUUGUAGUAGGCUUUUAUGACUUGUGGCAUCAUACUUCACCUGAUUCUAUACAAGAAAAGGAAGAAAUUUCUUCAACACAAGAAGGUACAUCAGAAUCAAUGGAUAAAGAGAAAGAUUAUAUUUUGGCAAUGGAGAUAAAUGAAAGGAGAAAAUCCUUACUUGAGAGAGGAAUUAAAUUUUCAGCCGUAAUAUUGCUUAAAACGCAAAAUAUUGAUAAGACAAUGGAUGAGCGAAUGUUUUUAAAAGAUCAAGCGAUGGAUGAGCGAUUAGCAAAUAUCCGAAAAGUAAGUGGAUUAGAUGGAAGGCAUGCAUUUUUCGUGUUACCUUCAUCUCAGUACGGAGAUUUUCAAGAUUUCGUGACAAACCUGCAAAAAUCUCUUUAUGAAUACGGAUUAAAUUAUUAUCGUGAACAUGGUAAACGCGUAAAGAGGAAGCGAUCUAGGUUACCUUCUCCUAGUGGUAAUUUUAUGCGACCUCCACUCUCUGAAAAAUCUUCAAUGAGUCCACAACCGCUUGGUAUUCAAGGGUGGAUGAUCCGAUAUGAUUAUAAAUUAGCAACUUUUGCCGAGUUUAGACAAGAUAUGGAAGCAGCUAUCAGAUACUACGAAUCAGCUUAUAAUCUUAUUAUAGAUCUUUUCGCGCCUCAGUCUUCCGUCACACCAGGUGCAACUGGAUUGCCCAUUCGAAGUAAACGUUGGGUUGAGGCUAGGAUUCUUGCUGAUACUAUUAGUCUAAAAUUAUGUAAACUGAACCUUUAUGUUGAUUCCCCUUCGGCAGCACUGGCUCAACUGAAUAAACACGUGUCAACUUUUAAGGAUAUAUCUAAUACGCGGGGUAUUGGUGAAGAUACAUUUGAAUAUUGGGCGUGGUUGUCCAAACAGUAUCGCAUAUUUGCUGACAUUUUAGAAAUUGCUAUUAGGACUGGUUUUACUAUUCCAGAUCCGGCAAAAAUUUCUCAUAAUACUACUUCAUCAGAUUUUAGAUUUAGUAUGUCUAGUAUGUCAAGUAUAUCAAGUAUGUCAAGUAAUCCCAAUACAGGCUCUGGAAUUAAUCCAACGAUGGUUCUUCAACAUCCGGGAUUUUAUUAUUUCAUGGCAGCAAAGUAUAACUCAUUAAGGAGAAAACAUUUUUUAAAUUUAGAGAAGUAUAUGAAAAAAGAAGGGGUUGAUAAUUCUAUCCUUCCACCACAAGAUAUUUUGGAUGCAGAACAAAGUAUAGAUCAUUCAACGUUGACAAUUGAAUUGUAUACUAAGAGUUAUGAGCAAUUUAAGGCACAAAAGACUGGUCGUAUGACGUUGUAUUUAGCCUCUGAAAUUGCUAACACUUAUUUAGAUGCUGGAAAAUAUGAAACGGCUCUAAAAUUUUUUGAAAGAAUUGCCAAAACAUAUCGUAAAGAACAUUGGCAUACAAUUCUAGAGUCAAUAUUGAGAUGGUCUUUAGUGUGUGCUAAGGAUCUUGGUACUUGGGAAAAAGUUGUGGAAUAUUUGAUCGAAUUAUUGUCAGAUCAAUUUUCCAUAUCAAACCAACAACGAAUCGAAAUUCAUAACGAACUUACGGAUAUACUUUUUAAAAUCACUUUACCCGAGCCAAGGCAAGUUAUGAUUGACAUGGAUGAAAUAAAUUCUUUCUUAACAUGUCGUGUGCAAUUUAAAGAUGAUACAACAUUUAUUGGGGCUGAAACUUUGUUUCAAAUUGCGUUUUCAACUCAAGCCGAAUCUCCUCCUAUUCCUUUACGGUUCACUUUCCUCCGCUUGUCAUAUAACGAUUCAUACUUUAAUCAUUACCUCCGUGAUAAUAAAAUUGAAAAAGAUAAUACAAAGCUAGAAUGGAUCGAUUGCAAAAAUUGCUUGAAAGAGGAUGUUGAAGGAGAAGGAUUAGUAUGGGUUAAGGAUGUUGAUUUGAAUUUUAGUAAAGGUAUUACUAAAGUAUUUGAAGGAUCGAUUGAGCCAAAGGAAAGUGGCGAUUUGCAGCUUCAAGCUGUUUCUCUUGGAUUUUUGACGGAACAAUGGAAGGUUGAACUUCAUUUUAAUUUGAAGAAUGCACGUGAAGAACAUUCUAAACGUAAAUGGCUGAUUGGUAAUAUUGAUUCCAAAGAUGAAGUUACUAAGCCUACUUAUACGGUAUUAAAUGGAACAGGGGAACGUACUUCUAUCAAAGUUACUCAAAAAUUAGCCAGGUUGGACAUACAAGCUAAGCAUUCGGCCCCUGCACUAUUGGAUGAAUAUUAUCCGAUAGAACUUACUGUAGUAAAUUUGGAACAUGAAGAAGUUAAAACAUUUUUGAACGCGGAAAUUGUUACAGAUGCACCAUCAAAUCCUGUAGAUUCGGAAGAUUUUAUUACUUUAGAUCCUACAAUUACAGCAAAUGUGACCAAUAAUUUAAAGGAUAUUGAUAUAGGAAUAAUACCAGCGGGAGAAUCUGUAGUGAAGAUAGUUUAUGUACUUGGAAAAAAAUCCAAUUUGCCACGAACACUUCAUUUAACAGUUUAUUAUUCGUCAACUAGUUCAGUGCCGUCUACACCAUAUCCUGCAAGAGGAUGGAUUGAAAAGAAGGAAGAUUUUAGAAUACAUUUUAUUGCACCAUUCAGUUUUUCUUUUAAUACAUCACAACAAAGUGAAAGUAUUUUUGAAAGAAAGUCAGAAAUUUCUAUGGAAAGAGUUGAGAAAUAUUUUUUAGUUGCAAAGAUUACCACCACAAGUCCAUGUGAAAUUUUAGUAUCUGAUAUUGAUUUAAAUUUGUUGGGUCAAGCCAAUGCACAGACUCGAAUGGAAAUAACAGCAUCGUCUAUUGAAAUAGAAAAUGAUUUUCAAGGGCAAGUUUGGAAACAAGGAAAUGUAUAUAAUGUAAAUUAUUUAUUAGAAUUGACCUUAAUGGACAUCAAAAAGUUAGACAUAGAUAUAGGAUUACUGGUAAUACAAUGGAAAAGAAACCAACAAUCAUCCGUAGUUAAAGACACUAAAAUUCCUUGUACAGAAUCAACAGUAGUUGUGCCACAAUUAAUAAGAAAAAAAGCAGAAAUCUCAGCAUAUAUUAGAAUUCCACCAAAUCCAAUAGUAGGACAAUUAUUCACUCUUGUAUAUAAAAUAAUAAACUGGACAUCAUCUGAGAAGAAAAUACAUGUGAACAUAGAGGUGAAUGAUUCAUUCGUUUUUUCAGGAUAUAAACAAACACAUUUUAUUGUACCAGGUAUGGGAGAACAUUGCUUUAAAGUGAAUUGUUUUCCCUUGAUUGGAGGGAAAAUGAAGUUACCAAAAGUAAAUAUGGAGAGAAGAGGAGAGUUUGAAGGAGAUGAAGAAAAUAUAAAAAUUAUUGCACCUGGAUAUAAAGAAGUAGAUGAGGAUGAUUAUUUUGUCAUAUUUGUUAAACCUAAAAUAGAAAUAUAAGCGGAAAAAAAAAGCCAAGAUGUGUACUAUUAAUAUUUAUUAUUUUAAAUAUGUACUAAUUUAAUUGAUUAAUUUUAUUAAAAUUGAUGAUGUAAUUGAUAUGUUUUUAU